AUUCAUUUUUAUUAAAAGUUGUCUAAUCAAAUGAAAAUGUUCUAUUCUGAAAUUUCUUCACCAUCUUCCGAGAGUUUGUCCCUAGUCCAAGAUGUUUUACACUAGCCGUUACUCGGCGCUUCCUUUUUUUCAAAAAUUGAAAUGUUUUCACCACCUCUUUCUCUACAAAAGACCGAAAACAGAAAAGAUAUUCCCACGAACAGACAAAACUAAUCUCCAAAAUUAAAAAAAAAUGUUGGCUCAAUCUCCGGUCGCUGCAAAUUCCAUCCAACGCCCCAAACCCGCCGCCGGGCGGAAGCCUCUCCAGCCGACGAACUCCCCGGCGAAUAGACCCCCGGUCAAAGCAAUCAAGCCCAAGUUAAAACCCGACCCAAUCGAGACUUUGCCCACACAGAGUUCAAACAAAGAGAACGUGCAUCCCCUGCACGCGCCGCCGGCGGGGAAAACGGGAAAGCCUCCCGGCGAGGUCGAACUCCGCGACUCCUCGCUUGCGGACGAGCUCGGCGCGAUCCGCGAGAAACUGGAGCGGCUGAGGAUCGACAAACAGAUGACGGAGAAGAUGCUCCGCGAGAGAGACGAGGCGAUGGAUCUGCGGAUGAAGGAGCUGAUGAACAGAGGAGAAAUUCAGAAGGAGCUCGAGCUCGAAGUCGAUCGGCUCUUCCGAUUGAACGAGCUCCGGAUCUCCUGUACGAAAGUAUUGCCGAUUCGGUCGCUUCGAGACAGGGAAAACGAGAAGAAGGAGAAGGAAGAUCAAAUCAAGGAGGCGGCGGAAACCGAAGACGAGGAAAGAUUACAGGGUAGAAUUGCACCUUCAAGCCCAAGUUCAGAUCUUGAUUCUGAGAACCGAAAAGAAGAAGAUGGCUAAAGAUGGUAUAAAUCACCAGACUAAAACACAGGGAAUAAGACUUAGCAUAUUUUUUUCCCGACUUAGCCCGGUGGUAACGUGACAGUGUAUAUGUGCACAUUACUAUACUUUUUGGUUUGUAUAUGACCAUGUUUGGUAAUGUAAAUACAUUUUAAGUCUUAUU